AUGGGUGGCAAGACGGGAGAUUUCGAGGCUGUCCGACAGGAUAUCAUCAAAUUGUUACACCAACCUGAGUACGAUGAUGGAAGCGCAGGACCUGUGCUUGUGCGACUGGCAUGGCACUCUGCUGGAACAUACGAUGCCGAAACAGAUACGGGAGGUUCGAACGGAGCUGGCAUGAGAUAUGAAGCUGAGGGAGGCGACCCUGCGAAUGCCGGUCUACAGCAUGCACGCGUCUUUCUGGAGCCCGUAAAAUCAAAGCAUCCUUGGAUUACCUACGCAGACCUAUGGACCUUGGCAGGUGUCGUUGCGAUCAAGGAGAUGGGAGGACCUGAGAUACCAUGGCUCGGCGGACGAACAGACUACGUUGAUGAUUCAAAGCUUCCUCCCAGAGGUCGACUACCAGAUGGCGCCAAAGGUGCAGACCACUUACGGUGGAUCUUCUAUCGAAUGGGAUUCAAUGACCAAGAAAUAGUUGCCCUGUCCGGAGCGCAUAACCUCGGAAGAUGCCACAGUGAUCGAUCUGGUUUCGAAGGCCAGUGGGUCAAUAACCCGACCCGAUUUUCCAACCAGUACUUUCGACUUAUGCUAUCCAUGCAAUGGAAGAAGAAGACCCUCAAGAACGGCGUAGAGCAAUUCGUCAAUUACGACGAGGAUUCUGGAACAGAGUUGAUGAUGCUGCCAACUGAUAUUGCGUUGACGCAAGACAAGGCGUUCAUCAAAUAUGUUGAAUUAUAUGCACGAGACAAGGAGGCGUUCUUCGCGGCUUUUACCAAAGUCUUUGCCAAAUUGAUUGAGCUUGGUAUCACAAGGGACGCUGAUGGAAAUAUCACAAAUUCGGAUAAUGAGUUGGGUGGAUAUCACGCCGCGCCAAAGAAGAAGGCGACUCCCGGUAGCCCAGCGAAGAGUACUGAUGAUAAAGUUGACCCGAGUGAGGCAGAGCCUCUGAAGGAAGAGAAUACGAGGUUCAGGGCGAGGUUGUAA